AACUAAGUUAAACUAUUCAUAGCUAGCAAGCACUCCUUUAAAGCGUUUUUUAAUUUUAUGCAAUUAAAUUCUUAAAAUAACUUCAGUAGAACCUUAUUAAUUCCUAAGUUGUAAUAUAAUACCUUGGCAUAUUGUGAAGCCGAAGUGAGAUUUGCACUGUUAUAACGUCAACUCGGGAUACUUGUAAAAUUAAGGUGUUUAUUUUUUUUUAUCAGUCUUUGGGGUUGGUGCUGGUUUGACAUCAUGGACAACAGCAGCUUAGAUCAGACGGUGGAGACUGCUGCUGAGGAUUACCCAGCACAAGAAGACACCUCACCAGCAGACAUGCUGAGAAUCAAGCAGCAGAUGGCGAACCAGUGUUUUGAGAUGACUGUGCAGCUGAACGCAGGAAAAAGUAAGCGGCCCUGCAGCACAUCUCAGGCAGAAAGAGAGCUGCCAAACUGCGUCUCGGAGCUUGAACGUGUGAAGACGGCCCAUUUCAACAGCACCCUGGCUCUGCACAGAAUACAGAUGUGGAACGCUAUAGGAGAAAAAAUGAAGCAGACGGAUCCAGAUGCAACAGACCUGAAGGCCGUCAGUGCUCGCUGCAUGGCUCUGUGUUCGCAGAUAAAACAGCUCCAGAUAGAGACCAGAAAUCUGCAAGACGAAAUUACAGAAAUACAGAAGGAGAGACUGGAGAUUAAACGACUCACGCAUGAAAAAAUGAAAGCAACGCAGGAGUUAUUGUCCAACAAAGAGCAUCCAGACUCAGAAAAGUACAAAGCGGUGCUGGAGAAAGGCCAAGAAAACCUGGAGAUUUAUAAGAAGAUGACCAUAAUGGCACAGAAUGUCCUCAGGGGCAUCCUGUUGGCUUGUAAAGUUAACUGGCUGGAUGAGCCAAACCUUCGUGAAAUUGUAAUGACGUUGGAGGACUUUCCUAUCUCUGACUAGAGCAAACGUUAAUUUAUCUCAGUUAUAUGUUUUCAGUACUGUGUUAUUUAAUAAAAAUGUGUCAAACCC